CAAUUGUUAUUUGUUGUCGAGGCCGACUGCUUGUCCUGUUUUGUUGUGUCUAACCUCUCGGCUACGGAAUUCAUAAUUUUAUCAUCCAAUAUAUUGUUUGUCAUCUGUGUACAAAUAAGAGAAAAUGGCUUCAGGUGUGUCAGUCUGUACUAGGAUAAUAAAAAUGUCAGCUCAGCCCACAAAGAUGGUGCGUGCCAAAGAGUGGAGUGAUGACGUAGAGGAGGCGUACAGAUUCCAGUUGGCGGGAUACAGGGACGCCCAGGACUACACUGUGUGUACAAAAGAAGAGGCUACAAGAUGGCCACAUAAUGGAUAUAUAAAGAAGUUAAUUCGUAAAGACGGAUGCUGGUAUUAUUUCAACAAAAAUAGAGAAUGUCCCGACAAAGAUGUACCCAAGUGCAAAUUAUACUCUUAUUAAUUAAUGACUGGUCUCUCUAGCUAGGUAUUACACAAUAAUUAUAAUUUGUAAAUACAAGACAAGUCUGCAUGUAAAAUCUUGCAAUUUUUUAGCUUGAAGUUUUAGAAUUAUGUGUGAGAGUGUUUGGAUAAUUUAUUUUAAUAAAUCUCAGAUUGCAACAAAGUUCAUGAUGUGGGCAUCAUAAUUUUACAUACAUAUUGUAUCUAUUUAUAUUGUUUUCAUGUAUCAUUUAUCUAUUUCAUAAUUUUUUUUUCUAAAGUUGAAAUUGUAAAGGACCAGUAUUUUGCCUUGAUUGGCAAACACAGAAUAAAAGUCACAAUUUUGUGAUUUUACCAAGCACUAUUGUGAACACUUAUUUAUAGAUUUUGUGGACACACUUUCUUAAGUUGUUGUAAAUAUUGUUUAUUUAUUCAUCCCCCAUAAGACAUUCUUGGUGAGAAAUAAGUUGAGAGAAAUAUCAUGUAUGCAGUUGAGUGAAGAUAAACUAUAGAAAGUGCUCAAAUUAUUGAAUACAGCUAGCAAAAAAUCAGUUGAAUUAAUGUAUAUUAUAAGAAUACAUUGAAUAUUAUUGUUACCAUUUAUAAAUCAUUACAUCAUUAAUUAAAUUCAUGCAAAGCAUGACACAACCAGAAA